AUGGAUGCGUGGGGGGCCCCCGCGCCCCGCUGGAGCCGCCGUCGCGGGGCUCGGCUGCUGCUGCUGCUGCUCACCGUGCGACUGGGGAGCGGAGCUGAUAAAGCAGAUGAUGAGGAUGAUGAAGAUCUGACAGUGAAUAAAACAUGGGUCCUUGCACCAAAGAUUCACGGUGGGGAUGUAACUCACAUUCUGGACUCCUUACUUCAAGGAUAUGACAAUAAGCUACGGCCAGAUAUUGGGGUGAGAACUACGAUAAUAGAAACAGACGUCUAUGUUAACAGCAUUGGCCCAGUUGACCCAAUCAACAUGGAAUACACUAUAGAUAUUAUUUUUGCCCAGACUUGGUAUGACAGUCGUCUAAAAUUUAACAGCUCAAUGAAGGUGCUUAUGCUUAAUAGCAAUAUGGUUGGAAAAAUUUGGAUUCCAGACACUUUCUUCCGGAACUCGAGAAAAUCUGAUGCUCACUGGAUUACAACUCCAAACCGUUUGCUUCGAAUCUGGAGUGAUGGAAGAGUGUUAUACACUUUAAGGCUGACAAUUAAUGCUGAAUGUUAUCUUCAACUUCAUAACUUUCCUAUGGAUGAACACUCAUGUCCACUGGAGUUUUCAAGCUAUGGAUAUCCCAGAAAUGAAAUUGAAUACAAAUGGAAGAAAACCUCUGUGGAAGUAGCAGAUCCAAAAUACUGGAGAUUGUAUCAGUUUGCGUUUGUAGGGUUACGAAACACAACUGAAAUUUCUCAUACAUUGUCUGGUGAUUAUAUUAUUAUGACAAUCUUCUUUGAUCUCAGCAGACGUAUGGGGUAUUUUACUAUUCAGACGUACAUUCCUUGCAUACUCACUGUUGUUCUUUCAUGGGUGUCAUUUUGGAUCAAUAAGGAUGCAGUUCCUGCAAGGACUUCUCUGGGCAUUACAACAGUCCUGACCAUGACAACUCUGAGCACAAUUGCUAGGAAGUCACUCCCAAAGGUUUCCUACGUGACAGCAAUGGACCUUUUUGUUUCAGUUUGCUUCAUCUUUGUCUUUGCUGCCUUGAUGGAAUAUGGUGCCCUGCAUUACUUUACCAGUAACAGAAAAGGGGACAAAGGAAAAGAAAAGAAGGCCAAGUCUAAGUCAUCAAAACCACCUGCAAUUGCUGUUCGACCCGGAUCAACACUAAUUCCAAUUAAUAACAUUCAUCAUCUCCCUGAACGUGAUGAUGAUUAUGGAUAUGAGUGCUUAGAAGGGAAAGACUGUGCUAGCUUCUUCUGUUGUUUUGAAGACUGUCGCACAGGAUCUUGGAGAGAAGGAAGAAUACACAUCCGUAUUGCAAAAAUUGACUCCUAUUCUCGAAUCUUCUUUCCAACUGCCUUUGCAUUGUUCAAUCUUGUUUACUGGAUUGGCUAUCUUUACCUUUGA